CUUGUUUUGGUUUGGUGGGGACUGUGAAAGAUCGACUUGUGUCAUGGCCGCAGCCUGAGUUUACGAUCUGCGUCUCAAUCGAGGACUUAUUCGAAUUAUUGCCCCCUCUAGCAAGAAUGAGCGACGACAAAGAUGAAGACCAAGAAGGCUUGAAGUACUUGGAACGUCAAUGCUCUGCUCAGAUCGAAGCGCAGCCGGACCUUGAGCACCAACUGAGUCUCGAACGUGAUGCUGUCACCCAGCGCUUAUGGCUCGGAUUCCACAACUCUGCUGCAGCGAUUGCCCACCUUUACCGAGAGCGAUGCCAUGGAUCGGAGCUUUGGCUACCUUUUCAGACGGCCGCUGGAACCGUCACGACUCUCUUCAAAGAUUCUAACGAGUGCAUCCGUCGAAUGAGUGAUAUUGGCUUGCAAGCUGGCCUCCAGAAGCGCAACAAGGAAGUCCUGAGCUGGGCCAGUCGCCGUCGCCACAACAUCCGCAGGGAAGAACUGAUCGCCUACCUGGCUGGCCGCCCCCUGCCUCGCCCCCACAGAUCCUCCCCUAGAUCCUCCCCAAGGCCCAAGAUACUGCAUGAAGGCCAGCCUGUUAUGCCCAGCACUCACGAGGACAACCUUAACACCUUCAUUGAAGCUCUGUCAGCUCGCCGCCGCCCAUCUCCCACACAGGGCCUUCAUGAGCUCAACUCAUUCAUCAGCAGCGAGUUCGCCCGCCACUGCAAGCGACCAGCAGCCACAAGUCCCUCGCACGACGUCAACAUGGACUCGCCGACGCACAAGCGGUGCCGCUACAUGUGAACUAUUUGCUAGGUUGCUUGUCUGAUUGAAUGAAUGGCUGGUAAGUCUAAGUUAAAAGUAUCAAAAUGACUUUUUUUCGAGACGGUGCCGUGGCACAGGCGUCUUGUUUUCAUUGAUUUUGUUCUCAUAAGCUACCGCCUCUUUAUUUGGAAUCAAAACCCGCGAAUUGCUUGGUCACAUAUACGGGGAAACCACCGUUUUUUCAUUGUAAUUUAAGCAUUUAAAGCAUCUAAAAAUUUGAUCGAUAUUUUUCUCUAAGGCAUAAGGUGAGCAUUAAAUUAGUGAUGUACGUUUUAGUGGACACUGCAUCAUAUUUGAUUUGCAAUCAAAAUUUUGAUGUUUCAAAUCAGCAAACACUGUAAAUAACACUAGUUUUGUAAUGGCCAAGUGUGUUUUAUAAUUUAAGCUGCUGCUUAUUGAUUCAAUAUAGGACACCAAAAUUCAACUCAUGCAAUAUGGUUUUCGCGUAAAAGCCGCCUGAAAGCGAUUUGUGAAUCCUGUUUUGAGUUUGUCUUCACUUUUCUAUUAUUAAUAUUUUUUCAGAUAGGACAAAUUUUCAUCAAAGUAUUGGAAAUUAGCAGGAAUUUUUGUUCAAAUACAAGUGAUAAACGCGCUAAAAUAUUUGUAAAUAAAAAAGAGGAGAGGUUUGUAUAAACAUGUUUUUGGCUUUUGCACUCUAACAUGGUAUACUGAAGCUUUUCCUUCUUUAUGCGUUUACAGAAACUGUUUCUCCAUUUCAAUUCAUUAACAAACUGCUAAUACAGAUGGAAAGUCCCAACAUAUAUAUGAUUUUUAAUCAUUGUUAUGUAAAUAUCAUGGUCGCUUAGGACAAACAUAUUUAAUUGGUUAGUUAAUUGCAAAAUUGUUGUGUUAUAAUUUGUUCCAAACUGUUCACAGAAUUUCCAGUAGGCUGUGAUAUUGUUCAGUUGCUUAUCCUCCGAUUUUGCAAAGCUCGUCAACAAUGCUGACAAGUUUAACUUGUCCUGGGAUUUCUUGGUAUUUCAUGUGAUUUGUGGGGUUUUUGAUAAAAAUUAGUCAUUAAUGUUAAUUUUUAUUUUAUUUUAUUUUCACUGUCUGGAACAAUUUGGCAGUAUAAAAGAAUUUAGAUCGUGCUGUGUAUUACUGCAUGUUAAAUUGCAAUGCAGACUGUUUGAAGAAAAAUUUGAGCUCAACGAACAGAGUUCAAGUGCAACAUGAGCUUAUCAUUAGCUUAUUGGGAAGCCUGGGAUGUAAAGCUUGAGAAAUUAUCCUUUACCCUAGAAAGUGCGAUUGAAUUUAUUAAAUAUUAUGAAAUGCUAUACAAA